AUGGUCAACUUUAAGAAGAUAGCCAACUGGUUCGCCCCAAAGGCGGACAAGGAGCAGGAUGGCCGCGACAAGUGGCCGUCCCGGACGGCUUUCGUCCUCGCAGCCAUGGGAGGAGCCGUCGGGCUGGGAAACUUGCUGCGGUAUCCGUCGGUUGUCUUUGCGAACAAUGGCGUCCAGUGGUUUAUCCCAUACCUCAUCGCGCUAUUCUUCCUCGGCAUCCCCGUCCUCAUUCUCGAAAUAUCUAUCGGCCAGGCCUAUCGCGGAGGCGUCAUCGUGGCGUUCAACGGCAUCAACCGCUACACCAAGGGCGUGGGCCUAGCCGUCAUCAUGAACGGAUUCAUCGUUGCGACAUACUACGUGCCUAUCCUGAGCUGGGUGCUGCGCUACUUCCGGUCAUCCUUUACAAGCCCGCUGCCGUGGACUGGGCGCGGCCAAGAGUUUUACAUGCAGGAUGCCAUUCGAAACGUGGAUCCGAUCCCCGGAAACACCAGCGGCAGCGCGGUGACGAGCUACACGCAGUAUCCGGGCACGAGCCUUAUCGGCGAGACGGUCGGGUGGUGUGCUUUCAUGUGGUUCCUCGUCUGGCUCUGCAUGUUCAGGGGCGUGGGCCUGACGGGGCGCGUCGUCUACAUCACCAUGGGCUUGCCGAUUGUCAUGAUCAUCAUUCUCAUCGGCCGCGGCGUGUCUCUUCCAAACUCUAUCGACGGCAUCCGAAUGUAUUUCGCCGAGUGGCACGGAGACAAGCUCGCAGGCGGCGCCAUAUGGCAGGCGGCCUGUGGGCAGAUUUUCUUCUCGAUCGGAGUUGGGUUUGGCUACUUUACGUCCUAUGCCUCUUACAAUAGCCGCUACGCAAACGCCGUUCAAGACGCACUCAUCAUUGCAUUUAGCAACUCCCUCUAUGAGGUCCUGGCCGGGUUCGCCGUCUUUGGGAUCAUCGGCUUCCUAGGCUUGCGGCCCGAGGAUGGCACCGAGCUGGGCACAUUUACAGUCGGCUUCUUGACCUACCCGCUCGCCAUAUCCGAAAUGCCGGGCGCCAACGUCUGGGCCGUCUUCUUCUUCUUCACGGUCGCGAUUCUCGGCCUCAGCUCUGCGUUUGCGCUGGUCGAGUCGCUUGUCACAAUGAUCUGCGACUCUGACUUUGGGCGCAGGGUGUCUCGCACAAUCAUUGCGACGGCCGUUGUCGUGGUCGCGCUGCUCCUCUCUCUGAUGUACUGCACUGAGUUCGGGUUCUACCUUCUCGACGCCAUUGACACGUGGAUCAACAACCUGUCGCUGAUUUUCGUCGUCUGGUUUGAGGGCAUCGUCACCAUGACGCUUUACCGCUGCAGCGAUGUGUUCGAGCAAGUUGGCGUCGUUGCGUUCAUCGUGCAUUCCUCGUCGUACGUUCUUUCGAUGGUGCUCGGGGUUGCCGUCGGACAGGCAGUUGGCCCCGAGGCUGGUGCCGGUGUCGGUUUUGGCCUGUUCAUUGUCGGCAACAUCGCCGCCGUUGUUCUCGCUCGCACGCCGGAUUCCAUGCCUCCGAGGUUCUGGGGUCGCAACGCCUGGCUCAGCAAAUUCUGGUGGCUCUCAUUCUACUCUGCAAACCAGCUGCGCCGCGACCUCAACUCGGUUGUAGCAGAGGGCAAGAAUUGGAGCAUCCCGUUCUUCUGGGGCCCGGUCGUUCGCUACGUCUCGUGUCCGAUCCUGGCGAUUGUCGUCUCGUUUGCGUACCCGUCCUUCUACACCAAGCGCAUGGACCCGCUUCACAUCUUUGCCUUUGGCGUGGCGCACGUCGUCAUGAUCACCAUCGCCUUCGGCUUCUGCCUACCUCGGGCGCUAGAUGUUUUUGUCCCGGCGGAUAAGCGUCAUAUCGGUGGCGCGACGUACGCUCCGCAGAUGACCAUACUUGGAGUAAGCUCAGUGGAUGCGGCGGUGGAGAGUGGAAGCGCUGAACGGCAGCCGGAGGAUGACCAAGUCGAGCGAAAGGGGUGA